UACUCGGGUAUAUAUUACGUGUAUUAGUUUAAAUUACAGUACUCGGUCGAAGUUAAUUCAAUAUACGAAGAAACUUUGAGCUGACAAGAUGUAUCGUAUUAUCCUGGGUCUCGUUUUGUGCCUCUCGGUGUCCACUUACGCUGUUAUUUCGGACUGUGGCUCAAAAGUUGGAACAUAUAAUAAUGUGACUGUUAGCGACUGCGAUCCUGAUGCGAAUACUUGUAUAUUAAAACGUGGUACAGAUGCAACAAUAACUAUUUCCUUUGGCGUUGACAAAGACAUAAGUAAAGUUAAAGCUGUUGUUCAUGGAAUUAUUGCAAAUGCUCCAUUACCGUUCCCAUUCUCUCAUCCAGACGGUUGUCAAACAUCAGGACUCACAUGCCCACUGACUAAAGAUAAUGGCCCAUAUCAAUACACAACAUCUUUACAUGUUGAAAAACUUUAUCCCAAGCUCAAGGUAGGCGUGAAAUGGGAACUCAAAGAUGAAAACGAGGAUACUAUCGUCUGCGCUUUGAUUCCUUCUGAAAUAAAAUAAACAUGAGUA